UUUCGUGACAAAGGUCGCUCGAAUAUUAUCACUAACAGUAGAGCAUUGCAUUAAUAAUGACUCACGCGGAACAACAACAAUCGUACCGUACAAUGGUCCAACGGUUGAAAUGUCAACGACUUCAGGAGCCGGAGCUUUGAAUUACAGAAAUGGGACUCAAAGAAGCUCACUCAGAACUCAGUCCUCUACUUCCACUUCCUCCGGUGGUCAGAAAUCUUCUGUCAAAUCCAAGUCAGUGCUUAGAAAAAGCAGCCCCGCCGCACUUGGUGGUGGCGGCUCUUCUAAGUCUGGAAGCGGUGGCGACGCCGGUGUUCCUGGGAGAGUUCGAGUAGCUGUUAGAUUAAGGCCACGCAAUGGUGAGGAAUUGAUUGCUGAUGCUGAUUUUGCUGAUUGUGUUGAGUUACAACCUGAGCUUAAGAGGUUGAAACUCCGGAAAAACAAUUGGGACACCGAUACUUUUGAGUUUGAUGAAGUACUCACCGAGUAUGCUUCGCAGAAGCGAGUUUACGAAGUUGUGGCAAAACCUGUUGUGGAGGGUGUUUUAGAUGGUUACAAUGGGACAAUUAUGGCUUAUGGUCAGACUGGUACUGGUAAGACAUAUACACUUGGGCAGCUUGGGGAAGAAGAUGUCGCUGAUCGUGGAAUUAUGGUCCGUGCUAUGGAGGAUAUUUUAGCUGAAGUGUCGUUGGAGAUGGAUUCUAUAUCUGUCUCCUAUUUGCAGCUUUAUAUGGAGACUGUACAAGACCUUCUUGAUCCGUCUAAUGAUAACAUUGCUAUAGUUGAGGACCCGAAAAAUGGAGAUGUUUCUCUUCCAGGUGCUACUUUGGUCGAAAUUAGGGAUCAACAAAGCUUCUUGGAACUACUGCAACUCGGAGAAGCUCACCGGUUUGCUGCUAAUACCAAACUGAACACCGAGUCAUCUCGUAGUCAUGCUAUCUUAAUGGUAAAUGUCAGGCGCUCUUUGAAAACAAGAGAUGGCUUGUCAAGUGAAAGUAAUGGAAACUCUCAUAUGACUAAAUCUCUCAAGCCUCCUGUUGUCCGGAAGGGAAAAUUAGUUGUGGUGGAUCUUGCUGGCUCGGAACGUAUCAAUAAAUCAGGAAGUGAGGGACAUACACUAGAGGAAGCCAAAUCUAUCAAUCUGUCUUUGAGUGCACUGGGGAAAUGCAUCAAUGCACUUGCUGAAAAUAGUUCUCAUGUUCCAUUCCGUGAUUCAAAGCUAACUAGAUUGCUUAGAGAUUCAUUUGGAGGCACUGCAAGGACCUCUCUAGUUAUCACAAUUGGUCCAUCACCACGACAUCGAGGGGAGACAACGAGCACUAUAAUGUUUGGGCAAAGGGCUAUGAAAGUGGAAAAUAUGGUGAAGUUAAAGGAAGAGUUUGAUUACAAAAGCUUGUCUAGAAGACUUGAAGUACAACUAGACAAUCUAAUAGAGGAAAAUGAACGGCAGCAGAAAGCAUUCGUUGAUGAAAUCGAAAGAAUAACCGUAGAAGCUCAUAACCAAAUUUCCGAGGCUGAAAAAAGAUAUGCCAAUGCACUAGAGGAUGAAAAGCAAAGGUAUCAGAAUGAUUACAUGGAAUCAAUAAAGAAGCUUGAGGAGAACUGGUCAAAGAAUCAGAAAAAGUUGGCUGCUGAAAGACUUGCACUUGGAGAGAAAAAUGGCCUAGACAUCACAUCAAACGGCAAUAGAUCAAUAGCCCCAGCCUUAGAGGAAGUCUCUGAGCUGAAAAAGUUGCUUCAGAAAGAAGCUCAAUCAAAGAUGGCUGCUGAAGAGGAAGUGAAUAGGCUUAAACACCAACUCACUGAGUUCAAAAAAGUCGAAGCAUCAGGAAAUUCUGAAAUCAUGAGACUCCACAAGAUGUUGGAAAAUGAGACACAGCAAAAAGAAAAACUAGAAGGGGAAAUAGCAACACUGCAUUCUCAACUACUGCAAUUGAGUCUUACUGCUGAUGAGACUCGACGAAACCUUGAGCAACAUGGUUCAGAGAAAACUUCUAGUGCUCGAGAUUCUUUAAUGUCUCAGUUAAGACUUCCUCAGAUCCAAGAUCCAGGAAAUGCUGAGAAACCUCCUGUAGCUAGAUUGUUUGAACAAGUGGGGUUGCAAAAGAUCUUGUCUCUGCUUGAAGCUGAAGAUGCUGAUGUAAGGAUUCAUGCUGUCAAAGUGGUAGCAAAUCUGGCUGCCGAAGAGGCAAAUCAGCAGCAAAUUGUGGAAGCUGGUGGUCUCACCUCCUUGUUGAUGCUUCUGAAAAAUACAGAAGAUGAGACUAUUCACAGAGUUGCUGCUGGUGCAAUCGCCAAUCUUGCAAUGAAUGAAACCAACCAGGAGCUAAUCAUGGAUCAAGGGGGCAUCGGUUUAUUGUCAUCAACAGCAGCCAAUGCUGAAGAUCCUCAGACACUUAGGAUGGUUGCUGGAGCAAUUGCAAAUCUUUGUGGAAACGAUAAAUUGCAGACAAAACUAAGAUCAGAAGGCGGUAUCGCGGCUUUGUUGGGAAUGGUGAGAUGUGGACAUCCUGAUGUUCUUGCACAAGUUGCUCGCGGGAUCGCAAACUUUGCCAAAUGCGAGUCAAGAGCAUCAACACAAGGAACUAAAAGAGGGAAAUCACUAUUAAUAGAAGACGGUGCACUCUCUUGGAUUGUACAAAAUGCCAAAACCGAAACUGCAGCCAUAAGGCGUCACAUUGAAUUAGCUCUUUGUCACUUAGCACAACAUGAAGGAAAUGCAAAAGAGAUGGUGAAGGAAGGAGCAAUAUGGGAGCUGGUGAGGAUCUCAAGAGACUGUUCAAGAGAAGACAUAAGAAGUCUUGCUCAUAGAACUCUCACUUCAAGUCCUACUUUUCUCACUGAACUCAGACGUCUCCGUGUUGACAUCCGGUCGUAGUAAUGAAAGAUAAAAUAAAAU